UGGCACUCGGCAAGGGUCAGGGCGCGUUAGUGUGGCUGUGGUACUCGUGGGUUGAGGUCGUUGUUGCUGCCGCACAAUGGCCUGUCUGACGUGGAAGUCCUUGGUGGCCACUCUGGUGGUGGCGGCACAGCUGGCGGCGGCCAUGCCCGGUGGGUCAGGUCACAAGAGGCCUUCCCAAUUCCACGGAGGCUCCAGCUACGUGGGAUUUGACCGUAAGGAACUCCACCAGCGCCUCCACGGCCGCCACUACAGCUCCACGUACGAUCCUGAGUACUACCGCGACGAGUGCAUGAGUCAGGGCCUCACCUGCGUACCCGAGGAGGACUGCGUGGCCAAGACCCCGGGUGGGUACUUGGAGGGUCGUGUGUGUCCCAUCAACUUCGUGUCUCACAACAGCCUGUGUGUCCUGCCGGGCAUCAAGAAGAAGGUGGAGCCGCGCACGCAGACACAGGUGGUGGACUACUGUGGCAAGCUGCGUACCAGACCUUACUACUUCCAGAACGCCAAGGAAUGGCGGGACUUCUAUGGCUUUGUUGACCGGCAUGCUGAUGAGUACUAUGACCUGUUCAUGCUGGACGCUCGCUGGGACGAGGACCACGAGCGCUGGGAGUGGCUGUCUACCGGGGAGGAGAUCGAGUGGGAGAAGAUACUUCAACACGCCAACUGCUCUGUGGGAAACAAGGAGCUGGUGAGGGAGGAGAGGGGCUGCCUGGCCUUUUCUCUGGACAGGACAUCCAAGUGCCUAUGGUUGCGGAUGAUCGAGUGCACUGACACCUCCCUCCCGUUUUUCUGCAAGGACGGGAGUUACAAGAGCCGGUGUGGACAGAACGAAAACAGCUUGUGUUGCGCUUCGCCCACGUACAGUUACUACAGCAAGAACAAGUACGGAGGACCCGGCUCUCACGGCAUCCACGGGGCAAGCAAGAGAGAGUGUUGGAUCAAGCUGGAUUACCCCACCACCAAGACGGUCACGUGUCACAGAGCUCUUGAUAUCCUAGGGAACCUGCACCCCUACCCCCAACCGGUGAGGGUCGGCCGUUCCUUCUACUACUACUCCCGCAAUCCGUGCCGACUCUCGCGCCAGGCAGUGAUCUCCGGGGUGGAGGUGCACGACUUCAUCACCAGCUACUUGCUCACCGAGGAAGUGUUGAUAGAGGAACAGAUCUUCAUUGUUGGCCUUAGAUACGAUACAAAGGAGGAUGACUUCUUCUGGGUGAAUGGGAAGAGGGUCGACUAUUACAACAAUGAGACUUUCUGGGCGAGUGGGCAGCCAGACAAGCAGAGCGGCACGAGCAAGGUAAGCUGCGUCGCGUACAGGAAGCACGGCAAGAACAGCUACGCGUGGCACCUCUACCGCUCCGAGGAGUGUGCUGGGCCCGCGGUUGUCAAUGUCUGCGAGAUGCCUAUUCGGUCCACCAAACUCGUGCCGUCGGCCAAGAAGGUGGAGUGUGGGCAGAGGCUGGAGCGGGGAGUCUUGGCACGGUCCCUUUACAACAACGUCGGCUAUGAUGAUGAAGAGGCGCAGUAUGGUGAAUUUCCUUGGCAUGUGGCGGUGUUGCAGCCCAGCUCGUAUUAUGACGGAGUGGUGAUGGUGUUCGUGUGCUCCGGUGCCCUCAUUCACCCAGAGUAUGUCCUCACCUCGGCCCACUGUGUCAUCUAUUCUGGCAAUGGUGACUUUUCGGUGUCCUUCGGGGAGUGGGAUCUCAAUGACGACAGCGGCCAGAUUCUCGAGACGAAGCUUGUGGCCGUGAAUGACGUCAUCAUCCACCCAGAGCACAAGUCCACGUCCCUGAUGCACGACGUGGCACUGCUGCAGCUGGAGGAGAAGGUGGACGUGGAUUCCUACCCACACUUUGGGAUGGGCUGCCUGCCAUACCCCAGAGUGUUCUAUCAUGCGAGCCACGCGUGGGACUGCUUCACUGUGGGCUGGCCGACUACGAAGCAGGGGCACACAGAUCAGCGUGUCCUGCAGCGCAUCGAGUCUGACUUUCUGAGUACUGGUCGCUGCCGUCGUUACACCAAGACUUACUACGACAGUGCUCGGGAGUACGGCAAGGAGGGCACUGGCUACGACAAGCAGUAUGGGGCACACCAUCUCUACUACGAACACCACGGCUACUUUGAGGACAAGUUUGUGCCGCUGAUUUGCACAGAGCCUUACGAGUCCGAUUCUUGCCUGGAUGACAAUACUCCCAUAUUGGUGUGCAAGAAGGCGGCCUUUGUUGUAGACGAUCCCCUCACUGGCGGCGUUUAUGAUGGCCCCAGUGAGCACUAUGAUGGUUACUAUGGCCCUGGCGACCACAACAAAGGCCCUGGCGAUCACUAUAGAGGCCCUGGUGAUAAGCAUUAUGGCUCAGGUGACCACUAUAGAGGCCCUAAGGACAGCCAUCAUGCCCCUGAUCACUACAGAGGCCCUGGGGAGAAGCACUACGGCCCUGAUGACUACCACAGGCGCCCUGAUAGCUACCAUGGCCGCGCAUAUGGCAGCACACACAGUAACCGCCUUCACUUGUGGAACAGCCGCAUCAUUAAUCCUUUCGGAGACGAUCGCUUUGACAGUGACAAGUGGUACGUCAUGGGGAUUGGCCACGACCUCAACUCCUGCGACUCCUAUGACGACACACACAAGGGGGAGAGUCACCACGCCAAGUACCGCCGGCCUCACCAGAUCUUCACACCAGUGCACAAGUACCUGUCCUUCAUCCACCAACACCUAGAGCCCCAGCCGUCCAACCCACAGGACGCCCCAGACUCCCCGCACUCCUUCACUUAACAGGAGGUGGCUGGGGAAGCUGUGGGGAGUUGUGAAGCGGUGUUCCGGAUUGUGAAAUUGUAAUAAAUAAUUUGUAAUAAAUGAUCUUUUUAGUUGUU